UUAGGAUCGGAACAGUCUGACAGGACCUGAGCGAGAGGAAGAACAAAUGGCCCAGGUCGGUAGCCUGAUUCAGGACGAUGAAUACAAGAGGCGAUGGCCGGACUUAAAUGAAACCAUUCAUGGUUAUGAGCUCGAAGACUUGUCCAGCCUGCACCUGCAUACCAGGACAGGGCCGAGGCAUGGCAGGCCCCGUCAAUCCCCGCCGCCAUAGAAUCCGCAUACUUGGGGAUUGGGUCCAAUUCAGGGAAUGGAAGGCACUGCGUAUGGUACAAGACAAUAUUUCAAGUUUGACAAAUUAUGUGGUCGGUACAGAUGUUUUGCUUUUUUUGCUUCCUUUAACUUUCCUCCUUUCCGCUUGGCCCAGAUCCACUCGGAGGAGAAGGUUCAAUGUGGACAUUACCCCUUUCCGACGGGCAGGCAAAUCCGCUCUGUCGCAUUGUGAUGCGAGAUGUGGGAUAUAGCUAAACCAUUAAAAUUUUGAAAUUAAAUUAUGACAGGAA